AUGUCGAUCCCAGUCACGCCGUCGCGCGUCGGAAAGCCCGGCCCUGAUCCUGCCAAGCGUGUUUAUUUCAAGCUCGCUUUUUUCAGUGUCUCGUUGUUUGUGGCACCGAUUGCCGCGUACUAUUAUAGCAAAGACCGUUGGUUCGGUGGCGAUGCUGUAUAUUCUGGCGGUCUAGCCGCAUUGGUAGCCAAUGUGGUCCUGUUUGGCUACAUUGUCACCGCGUGCCUCGAAGACGAUGGCUCGAAGGCGGAAGCCAAGCGCCAGGAAAAGAAGUCGGAGUAA